AUGGACCAUGGACAGAAGAGGCUUGGCUAUGCCCUCCAGACCCCCAGCUUGCUGUGGGAGGACAAUUCCCUGCAUUGGCAGAGGAAAGACGUGCCAGACCCUGGUUCGACUGAGAGCGUGCAGGACGUUUUUCAGAUGCAGCUGUAUUUCAGCCAGGAGACCCCACUGGAAAGCAGCCCAGGCAGCCAAGAGGAGCACUGGAGGUGGCAGCCUGUGGAGAGCAGCAAGGAGGUGAAAACCCAUCCUUCUUCCACGAGGCUGAGGUCCUGGCUUCCUGGUCUGAGCAAAGCAACCAGAAAGGGUCCUUCUCCAAGUCUUCCUGGGAGAAUCUCCACAGUUUUGGGAGAUGCUGAUGCUGGCACUAGCAAGUUCAUAAGUUUUGCAAACAGAUUGACUGCAGAGGAGCACCGGAGAACAUCACCACCGGGAACAAGGCAGGUGGUGGUACAGAGCCAGUCUCAGACUCAAGCCAUGGAUUUCCCCCACCACCUGGGGGGCAACUUGCUUGAACACUCCUUGCCAAAUUCAGCUCAGCCUCUCCAAGCAGAGGACUUUUACAAGACAGACCCAGAGAGAGGAUUUUUCCCAAGCUGGACAGACAUCCCUAAGGGUGACAAGGAUAAUCUCAGAGAGGGCCAGCAGGUCAGAGGAGUCUCCUCUCAAGGGGAGACAUGCAAACCCAAGACUGACAUUGUUUUCCUCAAAGUCCACAAGAGCGCCAGCAGCACCGUCAUGAACAUCCUCUUCCGCUUCGGCGAGACGCACAACCUCACAUUCGCCUUCCCCAUUGGGGGUGGCAACCAGCUCUUCUACCCACGCCACUUCUUGGCAAGCUUCGUGCAGGGCUUCUCCCCCAACAGCCCUCAGCGGUUCAACAUCCUCUGCCACCACAUGCGAUUCCUGCAGCCAGAGGUGCGUAAAGUGGUGUCCAGCUCAGCAUUCUAUUUCUCCAUCCUGAGGAACCCUGUGGAGCUCAUGGAGUCCUCCUUCGCAUACUACAAGGGUGCAGCGGCUUUCGCUCAUGUCCACAGCCUGGAGGAGUUCCUCAGCCAGCCCUACCACUACUACAACCCCACAGAUGGUGACAGGCACUACGCCAGGAACCUUAUGUCGUUCGACUUUGGCUUCAACCCCGAUGGAGAGGUCUCAGCCGAGCGGGUGCAACUCAUGCUGAAGGCCAUCGAGGCAUCCUUUGACUUGCUCCUCAUCUCAGAGUACUUCGAUGAGUCCAUGGUGCUACUGAAGGAGAUGCUGUGCUGGGACCUGGACAGUGUUGUCUCCUUCCCGCUCAACAUCAGGGACAGCAGCACCAAGUCCCCCCUCUCAGACGCCGUCGUGGAGAAGAUAAAGGACUGGAACAGGCUGGACUGGGAAAUCUACACCCACUUCAACAGGACCUUCUGGGAAAGGAUUGACCGAGACAUUGGCAGGGAGCGCAUGCAGCGGGAAGUAACGGCACUUCGGGAGAGGCAGGGAGAGCUGGCAAGGACCUGCCUGCAAGGGAUGGGCAGUGUGGCCCCAAAGCACAUCAAGGAUUCUUCCCUGAAGCCACUGCAGCACGGCAGCGCAAGGAUCUUGGGCUAUAACCUCAAGCAGGGCUUGGACAAGGAGACGGAGCGCAUGUGCCGGCGGCUGGUGACCCCGGAGCUGCAGUACAGCAGCGCUCUCUACAAGAAGCAGUUUGCCCAGAAGUACCCUGAGACCCACCAGCCCUCUCAGCAGGGCAAUGCCCUGCACCACAGGCCAGAGGGCACCCAAAACUGA